GUUCAUUGGAGGCAACCUAAGCAACGCAGAGAAUGCUGCGGAUUCACAUCCUGGCCGCACCGCCUCAUGCCUUAUCAGAUGUUCUAUCAUUGUUUCAACGAAGGUCCGUGGAAGCCUGCCUCAGAUGGUAGUUUUCGGUGUCCUCUUGAAGCACAGGUAUCCUCCUAUCCCGUGGUCGGGACAUCUGUGGAAUGGGCAAAAGACUGCGCCCAAUGAUGCUGACUUGCGUCAGGAGGAAUUUCACUGCUGCGAGCGCAAGGUUUGCUCGAAGAGCAGGAUCGGUCAUCAUUUGAAGCCACCAUCGAGUAGCGCCGACACAAAGGGUAGUGACGGUGUUACAACCGCACCAGGCUGUCGGCAACAAACGGACCUUCCAUCGCACUAACUGGACAAGGGUGACUGUGUCUCAGCUCUGGGUCAUUCGGCGGAUGGGGUCACCCACCAGAUUUCGCCGAGACCUCCAUGAAAACCAAUGCAAUGUCGGACGACCUCAGUAACCUGAGCACGGAGGGGGCCUGGUGCCCCGGCCAGAGAUGGUCUGCCCCAGAGACGAACGGUACCGGGCCCGGGCCCGUCUGCAGCUGGUGUUGCUGCGGUCCGCUCAACAGGAUCCUGGUGAUCGCCUUUAUGACCAUCCUGGCUUGUGCGGUGGUGGUGGGCAACACCAUCACAGUGACCGUGUUCCUGGGGACAAGGCAGUUCCGGACCCCACAGGGGUACCUGAAAGUCUCGUUAGCCCUGGCUGACCUGAUGGUCGGGGCACUGGUAGUCCCCUUCUCCGCCUACACCGAGAUCGUCUGGAUGCUGAGCGGGGGAGGGCCGCCCGCCUGGGCCCGGGGCUAUUCGGCCAGGGGAGGCGGCGCGUCCUGGCAGCCCUGUCACCUGGUCGGGCUGGUGUUCGCCGGCUGCACCCUCGUGUCCAUCAGUACCAUCUUCCUGCUGACGGUGGAGCGGAGCGUGGCCAUCCUGAGACCGCUGCACAAGGACACGGUGGUGACCCGCAGGAGGACCCUGGCUACCAUCUGCUGCUCGUGGCUGGCGGCCUUCCUGCUGGCCACCGCGCCCCUGCUCUCCAGCGACCACUUCACCCUGGAGUACAACGAAUGCAGCCGCAUGUGUAACUACGCGUUCGUGCCCGAGGCUCCGAAGCGCUCCAGCUGGAGCAUCCUGCUGCUCUUCCCCGCCUUCGACUUCACCCUCCUGGGCGGCACCAUGGUGGUCAACGCGCUCUCCUUCAGCACCAUCCGCCGCUGCUCCAAGCAGCGCAAGUUCUUGGUCGAAACCGACAGCUUCCCCGGCCCCCUGCGCCCGUCCUUCUCAGACAUCAAAGCAGCAAAAACCAUCGCCGUCCUGACCUUCGCCUUCACCGCGUCCUUCAGCCCCAUCGCCGCCUUUGUCGUGGGCAAUGUCAGCGGCUACCGCUGGUGCACCUUCUCCUUCUUUGCUUUCUGGAUCCUGGCCUCCAACAGCUGCUGUAAUUUUGUCAUCUACAGUGUCAGAGACCAAAGGUUCCGCAAAGGGGUGCACCAGUUGUUCCGCAAAAACCUGCGGGCAUUGCAGGACAAAAACUUGAACGUUCAGGGCUUUCGUUUCCCGGCAGAACUACAACGCUUUCCCGACUGAUGACAGACCGCCCUUUUGAUCCACUCAGUUCGAAAGUCACCCAACUUUUUUCAAAUGCUCCCUUUUACAUAAUACGUUCUUGGGAACAUCAUGUUGAAGUUAUAGUUCAAAGGCACGAAGACCAGCUACAGGAGUCAGCGCUCGCCUUUGAGUUAGCUGGUUGGUUGUUCACCUUCGCUCCAGAGACGGGGAAUACGAGCAGUUAGGGUUCAACCAGCGCAUUACUGAUUGAGUGCUGCACUAUCCGCAACGUCAAACUGAGAUGUGAAGGAUCAUAUGGCACUUAACAGGCACUGAAAAAUUAUCCCUGGUAUCCUAACCAAAAAACUCCAGCGAACAUGGCAAAAACAAAACAAUGCGUUCUUAUCAUAUUGGUGUUUGUGGGAGGUCACUGUGCCCAAACUGGCUGCUGCAACACCGAUUAGACUUCAGAGGCACUUCAUUGGUUUUAUAGAGCU